GCGCGAUGCUGGGCGUCGUGGAGCUGCUGCUGCUGGGGGCUGCGUGGCUGGCGGGCCCGGCCCGCGGGCAGAACGAGACGGAGCCCAUCGUGCUGGAGGGCAAGUGCCUGGUGGUGUGCGACUCCAACCCCACGUCCGACCCCACGGGCACGGCCCUGGGCAUCUCGGUGCGCUCCGGCAGCGCCAAGGUAGCUUUCUCCGCCAUCAGGAGCACCAACCACGAGCCGUCCGAGAUGAGCAAUCGCACCAUGAUCAUCUACUUCGACCAGGUGCUAGUGAACAUCGGGAACAACUUUGAUUCAGAACGCAGCACUUUCAUCGCCCCGCGCAAAGGGAUCUACAGUUUUAACUUCCACGUGGUAAAAGUCUACAACAGACAGACCAUCCAGGUGAGCCUCAUGUUAAACGGGUGGCCGGUGAUUUCAGCUUUCGCUGGUGACCAGGACGUGACCCGGGAGGCCGCCAGCAACGGAGUCCUCAUCCAAAUGGAGAAAGGCGACCGAGCAUACCUCAAGCUGGAGCGGGGGAACUUGAUGGGGGGCUGGAAGUACUCGACCUUCUCUGGAUUCCUCGUGUUUCCCCUCUGACUGGCUCCUGGCUGGGGUGGAGGCAGGGAGAGGGCGAAGGCAGGAAGGGAGUGAGAGAGAGGCCAAAAUUCAGAGGGCGAGAAGGCAACACGACUUGAACUUCCUAUAUGUUCCCUAGCUUUAUCUGGGUGAAAAGGUGCGUGCUGGCGGUGGGACACCUUUGUCCCUUUCCUUAUUAGGAGAAAUAAAUUCUGCUUAGCUCUGCGCACUUCCACUUCCAAAAAAUACACUCGCCUCCCCUAUUCCAGUUGCAGUAAUCGAAAAGGAGACUGCCUUGUCACUGUUUCUUACCCCAGUACCCAUGGUCUCCAAAAUUUAUUUAAAAGAAACUUUGUAUUUCACUAUGUAAUGUGAAAUUUUUCUUUGUAUUCCCCUUCUGAAUCCUUCUGCCUACUGAAAUCUAAUAUCACCUCCCUCUUUUCUUUCUUUUUUUUUUUUAAGUUUGGAGAGGGGGUAAUUUUUUUUUUUUUUGGAUGGGGGAGGCAGUUUUAAUUUGGCAAGUAUUGCUCUUCUUAAAACAAGCCUAAGUUAACUAGCUGAAGAUACUUUGUAUCCUUGGCUGCUGGUUAGGAGAAAAAGGACUCAGUGGUGACUGUUUUUUGUUUUGUUUUUUUAUCCAACUAUAUAUCAUUUGUAUACGAAGAACUCUUCCCAGUGGAAGCUGGCUGUCUUUCCAUAUUUCUAUGUCCUAUUCGGAGUGAUCGUGAAAUCUAAGGCUGCUUGAUGUUCUGACGCUUGUCAAUGCCCUCGUGCUCUGUGGCUCCACUAAACACCAAGGAGGUUCUUCCGGACGCUUCCUCGUCCUCUGUAACAUACGUGUGAAUAGCCAAGAUUUAAUUUUGCUUUAAUCCAAUAAAGUCGAAGUGGGACUUUUAUUUUUCUGAAACAGCUUUCUAAACUCCGCAUCUCUCCCAGCUGCAAGGCUGGGGGCCGGGGUCGCCACAGGGCGAGUUCAGGGGCAGGAGUCUUGGGAUAACCGACCUGGAGACCGAGAAAGGCCUGGGCGCAACGGCUCCCUCGCAAAGCCGUUCCUGCGCGCCUUCCAGCGCCAGGCCUCGGGCAGGCCCCGCAUUUGCCUGUGCUCACUGCUUUGGCGCAAACUAAGAAAUUUGGCCGAAGUCUUACUAGGACAGGCGCGGCCGCCGGCCUGGGAGCAAAGUUGAGUUUUUGCAUUCCAAAUGCGUCUGGCAUAAUCCCAAUUCGAGGACCCGAAGCAGCCUGCCCAGAGAGGCAGUCUACCCUGUCUCCCGUCUCUGGAUGUCCCCAACCCUCGUCCGCUCCGCAGUUCCCGAAGCAGCGUAUGUUUUAUACCACCACCUCUGAAUCCGGAGUCCACCCGCUGCGUCACUCGGCGCCCGGGGUCUGGGACUGUGCUCAUUCGCAGGACUUUCAUUCAAGAGGUUCGUCCAGGAGUUUUGAUUGUAUCGGAACAUAAUGUGAAAGCAAAAUUGAAAUAAACGACUUCGUUUUAA